ACUGCUGGUCUCCAGAAACGGGUUCUAAACUCUCCUAAACUAACCAGCAGGAGUCACACGGCCGCUGUUUUUACCAUAGGUAACCGAAAAAAAAGCCGGAGAAAGUCAAAGCGGAAGUGAGGGACUAAGCGGAGCAGGAAAACUUUUUUUUUUGGGGGGGGGAACUUGGAGAGAGCUGCAUCACAUCGGAGCUACGUGAUGCAAAGUAAAAAACUCUUGUAGGCUACGCCGAGUUAAAUUUCCAAGGCAACUUUUGUCGUUGAGGCACAAUGGGACUCCCCACGCUGGAGUUCAGCGACUCUUUCCUGGACAGCCCGGACUUCAGAGAGCGGCUCAAAUGCCAUGAAAUAGAGCUGGAGCGGACCAAUAAAUUCAUCAAAGAUCUCAUCAAAGAUGGGAACAUGCUUAUCACUGCGCUCAAAAAUCUUUCUGCUGCCGUCCAGAAGUUCUCCCAGUCCCUGCAGGAGUUCCAGUUUGAGUGCAUCGGUGAUGCCGAGACAGAUGACGAGGUGAACAUCGCCCAGUCAUUCAAAGAGUUCUCCCAGCUGUUGACCACUGUAGAAGAAGAAAGAAGACGCUUGAUUCAGAAUGCAGAUGAUGUGUUGAUUACUCCCUUGGAGAGGUUUCGGAAGGAGCAAAUCGGUGCUGCCAAGGAGGGGAAGAAGAAAUUCGACAAGGAAACAGAGAAAUACUACUGCACGCUUGAGAGACACCUCAGCUUAUCAUCCAAAAAGAAGGAAGCCUAUCUGCAGGAGGCUGACACGCAGAUUGAUAAGGAGAGACAACUCUUCUAUGAUGCGUCCCUUGAGUAUGUCUUCAAAAUACAAGAAGUGCAAGAAAAGAAGAAAUUUGAGUUUGUUGAGCCGCUCCUGGCCUUCCUCCAGGGCUUGUUCACAUUCUACCAUGAAGGAUAUGAGCUGGCUCACGAGUUUGAGCCGUACAAACAGCAACUGCAGUUCAACCUACAGAACACACGAAACAACUUUAUGAGCACUAAGCAGGAAGUGGAGAAGCUGAUGAAGAGGAUAAGGUCUGCAGAUCAGGACUAUAAACCCCCGGGCCAGUGGACGAUGGAAGGCUUUCUGUACGUCCAGGAGAAACGUCCCCUGGGAUGCACUUGGACACGUCACUACUGCACAUACGAGAAAGGCAGCAAGACCUUCACCAUGAGCAACACUGAAACCAAAUCUGCCGGGAAACAGAAUGGUCUCGUUGUGAACCAGCCGGAGAUGUUCAAGCUCAAGUCCUGCAUUCGGAGAAAAACGGACUCCAUCGACAAGCGUUUCUGCUUCGAUAUCGAAGUGAUGGAGAGAAAUGACAUCUGUCGUGGAACUCUUUUCAGACCGCUUCAGUUUUUCUGUAAAGUCCGGCAUGGCGUGAUGACACUGCAGGCACUGUCGGAGUCCAACAGAAGAUUGUGGCUGGAGGCCAUGGAUGGCAAGGAGCCGAUUUACAACCUGCCAGCCAUAUUAAGCAAAAAGGAGGAGACAUUUCUUAAUGAGGCGGGCUUUAACUUCGUAAGGAAAUGCAUUGACCUGGUGGAGAAUAGAGGCUUAACUACAAUGGGACUGUACAGAAUCGGAGGAGUCAACUCCAAAGUACAGAAGCUGAUGACCACGGUCUUUUCAUCCAAGGCACCUGUGGAUAUGGACCUGGAUCCGGAGACGUGGGACAACAAAACUAUCACCAGCGGCCUGAAGAAUUACCUCAGGUGUCUCUCUGAGCCUCUAAUGACAUUCAAGCUCCACAAAGACUUUGUCCUGGCUGUUAAGUCAGAUGACCAGAACUACAGGGUGUGUGCUGUCCAUGCAUUGGUUCAUAAGCUGCCCGAAAGGAACAAGGAAAUGCUGGAGCUACUAAUAAAACACCUUGUCACAGUUUCCACUCAAAGCCAGUCCAACCUGAUGACGGUGUCCAACCUGGGGGUCAUUUUUGGGCCCACCCUGAUGCGGUCACAAGAGGAAACCGUGGCCGCCAUGAUGAACAUCAAGUUUCAGAACAUUGUGAUGGAAAUACUUAUCGAGAACUUCAACAAGAUCUUCCACCAGCCUCCGGACCCCAAUGUGCCCCUGCCCCAACCCCAGAGCCGGCCUGGCUCUCGCAGGAGCAGGGCCAUUUGUCUGUCCACGGGGCCCAGAAAGCCCCGCAGCCUCUACACCCCAACACUGUGUCUGGCAGAUGCAGAAAGUCCCUGCAUAGGUGACACUCUCAGCAGCAGUGCGAGCAGCACUCCCAUGGGCAGCAUGGAGUCUUUGUCCUCCCACUCCUCUGAGCAGAACAGUUCCUCCAAAACAGCUUCCUGUUCUCAGGCCAAGGACAAGUCGCUGCCAGACCUCCGCCGCUCGCCGUCCCAGCUCUCAAACGGCCCCAGGAGCGCCGUGUGCGUCAGCAGCCCAGAAUCCAGCUCCAGGGAGGACGCCGGGCGUACAGACGGAGAGUCCGAGGACGCUCUCAGCCUGUCCUCAGUCAGCACCGUGCCCUGGCUGUCUCCCGCACCCAAAAAAGCCCCGCACUGCCGCAUCGACCUCAGGCCGGCCCUGCUGAACCGCUCAGCUGCUCCCUCUCUGAAAUCACUACAUAUAUCUGAAGGCCACAGGAGCUGCUCUGGAUCUGUCCAAAGUCUGUCCAAACUGGAUCCCAGUGAGAGUUUAAAGCUUGCCAAGCAGCCAGACCUUCCACCCAAACAAGUGCUGCGCUGCAGGAUGGACGCCUCCGUCGGCAACGGCUACCAAAGACCUGGCUCAGUGGUCGCUGCCAGAGCACUGCUUUUUGAAAAUGCCUCUUCCCCACAGUCUGUUCCAGUCGGAAGAGACGCCAAAGCGAUGUAUUCCUGCGAGGCAGAGCACAGCCACGAGCUCAGCUUCCCUCAGGGGGCACACUUCUCAAACGUUUACCCGUCUGUUGAACCAGGCUGGCUCCAAGCAACAUAUGAGGGGAAAAAAGGUUUAAUCCCUGAGAAUUAUGUCGUCUUCCUCUAACAAGAUUUUAAACAUUGCAUCUUUUUCAUGGCAUCCAUGAAAAAAAAAAAAAUAAUAAUAAUACACAAUGUGGCUGAUUGUUGUAAUGUUCGUAUUUUUGCUGGUAACUGAAAUUUGUCUUAGCAGAUGCUUUAACAGUGCUAGACAUUCAAAGUCCAAAAAUGUACCUCCUUUUCUGUAACGGCUUUGUUGUGAAAUGGGGAAUCUGCAGAGAUUCAGAAGUUAAGAAGCACUAUGUAAUACAAUAUUUUAUUGUUAGAUGUAAAUAUAUUACCCAUCGACUGCACUGAUGUUUUAGUCCCAGUAUUGGCCUUCAGAAUCACAAAACAAUCACAUCCAAUUUCACAAGUUUUAAUCUCAGAAAUAUAUUAUCUUUUAACUUAAACCAUUAUAUCAACACCCCACUUUCCGUUCGUCAAGUUGUUAAUGGAAAUCUGUAGAGCUGCAAAGAUUAAUCAAUUGAUCGAUUAUUUGUCAACUAUUAAAUUAAUCGCCAACUAUUUUGAUAAUUGAUCGAUCGGAUUGAGCAAUUUUUAAAGUACAAAUUCUCUGAUUUCCGCUUGUUAAAUGUGAAGAUUUUUUUUUAGUUUCUUCACUCCUCUGUGACAGUAAAUAUCUUUGAGCUGUGGACAAAACGAGACAUUUGAGGACGUCAUCUUGGGCUUUGGGAAACACUGAUCCACAUUUUUCACCAUUUUCUGACAUUUUAUAGAACAAGCAACUAAUCCAUUCAUCUAGAAACUAAUCCACACAUUAAACGACUGAAAAUAAUCGGUAGUUGCAGCUCUAGAAAUCUGUAGUUUCAAAGACAUUUUCUAUUAGCUGUAAUUGAACAAACUGUGAUUUAAAAUAACGAUACUAAUCUAAUCCAUGAGAAUCUAGUAGAAAAAGCAUAAUGGGUUUGCACCUUAACUUUCCUGUUUAUGGCCUGUGAUCAUUGUUCCGCCCCUGAACCUGCUCACUGUUGCACUUCACUUUCUGGUGAGCUACACGCUACUGUACUCCACAUUCAUGCUCGUGCUAGGGAUGGCCCCAUCAGCUUUCUUGACCCCCGAUCCCGAAAUAUUGAAUAUCUGCCAAAUACCGCGUCCCGAUCUGAUACUUGUAUUUUCCUAGAUAAAAGAGCUGCACACUGUUUUUUUGUUUACAAAAAUAAAUAACUAAGUAAACGUAACUAAAAGAUGUCUUCAGCUAUUAUACAUUUAACUUAGUGCAGCCAGCAGUUUUGUAAAACUCAUUAAUACAAUCAACUUCUACUUAGAAUGGUGUAGAAUUUACUGACGUAAAUGUCCGGAGUAAGGUGAUCCUCGAUCAGUU